AUGCCCCGAUAUUAUGAGGACAAGCCAGAGGGCGGCGCUUGUGCCGGCGUGAAGGAGGACCUGGGCGCAUGUCUGCUGCAGUCGGACUGUGUGCUCCAGGAAGGAAAAACUCCUCGGCAAUGUUUGAAGGAAGGAAACUGCCAAGCUUUAAAAUAUUCAUUCUUUGAAUGUAAAAGGUCAAUGCUGGAUACCAGAUCACGAUUCAGAGGAAGAAAAGGCUACUGA